CAACUCCUUGGACAGUACAACAUUAAGUGUGACGAGGGCCGACUAGCAUUGUUUUAUGUCGCAGAAAUCGACCUACAGGGAAAGGAAGACUGUGUGUAUAACGGAAAACAAAGGUGUCAGGACUACAUCCUAAUUGAUCGUGGCACGUCCGGACCUACUGAGAUAUGUGGCAACUCUUCAAAUGGCGCCAUGUCAGAGCUGGAGUCAGGGAGUUUCACUGUUAUCUUCCGCACAAGUGAAGAAAAGAAAUUUGGUGGCUUUGAGAUACAUGUCAUCUGCUUUAGAGAGGAAGAUAGGGAUCGAAGAGGUUGUUUAACACCAAUGGAUUUUAACUCCUCCGUGUGUACUGCUGAUAGUGGUGGUGGGGAACUGCACCCACAAGAUAACACCCCAGAUGAAGGUCGUGGAAGAAGGAGAUGGACACUUACUCUGGCUCACCUACCAGGAUAUCUUCCCUGAAUAUCCUUCAGGCCUGAGAGAUGAAGGAAGAUGUUGCAAAUUUUCACAAUCUUUGGCAUCGCAAGAAGAGGCAAGCAGGAGGAGACUUUGAAUUCAUUAGUAGAAUUGUACUCCUAAACGAGUCGGUCAACUACACUGAUAGUACCAUCCGGAUAGCUGGUACUGAUGGUACUGAGACUGGACUGUGAGACUUGAAAAAUUAUUGACUCUAUGGCAAGUAAAACACAUGCCUUUCUUUCCAAUAGAUAUGAAGGUAUUCAACUUCUGAAACGUUAAAUGCAAUGGG